GGAAACGUCUGCUCACAGUGUGGGAAGAGCUUCAGGUUCCUGAGUUUUCUCAAAAUACACCAGCGCAUCCACACUGGAGAGAAACCGUAUCAGUGCUCACAGUGUGGAAAGAGUUUUAUUACACAGAGUGAUCUAAAAAAACACCAGCGCAUUCACACUGGAGAAAAACCGUAUUUCUGCUCACAGUGUGGGAAGCGUUUUAAUGCACAGAGUAAGCUCAAAAUACAUCAGCGCAUUCACACUGGAGAGAAACCGUAUCAGUGCUCACAGUGUGGAAAGAGUUUUAAUACAAAGUGUGAGCUCAAAAUACACCAGCGCAUUCACAGUGGACAGAAACCGUAUCAGUGCUCACAGUGUGGAAAGAGUUUUAAUCAACAGGGUCAUCUCAAAACACACCAGCGCAUUCACAGUGGAGAGAAACCGUAUCAGUGCUCACAGUGUGGGAAGGGUUUUAAUACAAAGAGUGAUCUGAAAAAACACCAGCACAUUCACACUGGAGAGAAACCGUAUCAGUGCUCACAGUGCGGAAAAAGUUUUAAUCAACAGAGUCAUAUCAAAAUCCACCAGCGCAUUCACACUGGAGAGAAACCGUAUCAGUGCUCACAAUGUGGUAGGGGUUUUAAUACAAAGAAUGAUCUCAUAACCCACCAGCGCAUUCACACCGGAGAGAAACCAUAUCAGUGCUCACAGUGUGGAAAGAGUUUUAAUACAAAGAGUGAGGUUAAAAUACACCAGCGCAUUCACACUGGAGAGAAACCGUAUCAGUGCUCACAGUGUGGGAAGAGUUUUAUUCAACUGAGUCAUCUCAAAAUCCACCAGCGCAUUCACACUGGAGAGAAACCGUAUCAGUGCUCACAGUGUGGGAAGAGUUUUAAUCAACAGAGUCAUUUCAAAAUCCACCAGCGCAUUCACACAGGAGAGAAACCGUAUCAGUGCUCACAUUGUGGGAAGAGUUUUAAUCAACAGAGUGCUUUCAAAACACACCAGAGCAUUCACACUGGAGAGAAACCGUAUCAGUGCUCACAUUGUGGAAAGAGCUUUAAUCAACAAAGUGCUCUCAAAACACACCAGCGCAUUCACACUGGAGAGAAACCAUAUCAGUGCUCACAUUGUGGAAAGAGCUUUAAGUGGACAAGUAAUCUCCAACGACACCAGCGCAUUCACACAGGAGAGAAGCCAUAUCACUGCUUAGAGUGUGGAAGCAGUUUUUCUCAACAGAAUACACUCCAAAAACACCAGCGCAUUCACACAGGAGAAAAGCCAUAUCGCUGCUCAGAGUGUGGAAGCAGUUUUUCUCAACAGAAUACACUCAAAAAACACCAGCGCAUUCACACAGGAGAGAAGCCAUUUCAGUGUUCAGAGUGUGAAAAGAGUUUUACUCAAAGUAGUGACCUUAAAGUACACCAGCGUGUUCACACAGGAGAGAAACCUUAUCACUGCUCAGAGUGUGGGAAGAGUUUUGCUAACAGUAAUGCUCUUAAAGUACACCAGCAUGUUCACACAGGAGAGAAACCAUAUUACUGCUCAGAGUGUGGAAAGAGUUUUAUUCAAAGUAGUGACCUUAAAGUACACCAGCGUGUUCACACUGGAGAAAAGCCGUAUCACUGCUCAGAGUGUGGAAAGAGUUUUGCUCAACAGAGUAAUCUCAAACAACACCAGCGUAUUCACACAGGAGAGAAACCGUAUCACUGCUCAGAGUGUGGGAGGAGUUUUGCUCAACAAGGUCACCUUCAAAAACACCAGCGUAUUCACACAGGAGAGAAACCGUAUCACUGCUCAGAGUGUGGAAAGAGUUUUGCUCAACAGGUUAACCUCAAAAAACACCAGCGUAUUCACACAGGAGAGAAACCGUAUAACUGCUCAGAGUGUGAAAAGAGUUUUGCUCAAUGUAGUGCCCUUAAAGUACACCAGCGUAUUCACACAGGAGAGAAGCCGUAUCACUGUUUAGAGUGUGGAAACAGUUUUGCUGAACAUGGUACCCUUCAAAAACACCAGCGUAUUCACACAGGAGAGAAACCGUAUAACUGCUCAGAGUGUGGAAAGAGUUUUAUUCAAAGUAGUGACCUUAAGGUACACCAGCGUGUUCACACUGGAGAAAAGUCACAUCACUGCUCAGAGUGUGGAAAG